GCCAAACUGGUCCAGACCACACUCCGAGCCACGUGAUUUCCGGCUUCAACUCUACCCGGCCGAUUUUGGAUGGAUGCCUCAGAAAAAGCAAAACUUCGCCAACGAUGUAUCACGUUUCCUGCAAAUGAGUUGCACAACUCGCUUGUGCGCGCAGCCCGUUUGUAGGACUAUACGACCCAUUCUCAGCUGAAAGCUGUGGGGUGGCUAUGGGGUGUGGCGCAGCGUAUUUUGACGGCCAGCCAUGAGAUUUGAAGGAGUUAUAAAGCCCGGCUCAAUGACUUCAGGCGUCCCUUCUUACAUCGUUUUAAACACUCCCAAGAUGAACCCAAUGCAAAGUACCGCAUCUCAUAUCUUCGCCAUCCCAGAACUCUUGGAAGCAAUCCUCAUUCACGCUGCAACCCCAGGACAAAUCGGACCGAGUGGGAACGUAGAAGAUAAGCAACUCCGGACAUGCGCCAGUCACGGCGACCCGGAAGCCAGAUGGGGCGUUUACAAUGACCUUGAAGAGUGCAAGAAGAAAGCAGAGGGUAUGCAAUUCAUCCUUGUAUCCGCUCUCCGGGUUAAUCGCUUCUGGAACGAAGUCAUACAUUCCUCUCGCAGGAUCCAGGAGCUGCUGUUCUUGAAAUGGUACGGUAGAGAUAUGACUCCAGAGUUCAAUCCACUUUUGGCAGCCAAGUUUACCUGGGUGUACUUCCAUGAGAAACCUUUCCACGGGGAUGAGGCAUUCCGGAAGGCGCUCGUCCGUGCGAAGGCUAGUUGGCGCCAGAUGUUCCCGGUUGUUCCUCCAGUUCAGAAUCUUAACGCGCACGAGGCUGUGUUGACAUCAUAUUGGAUCCACGAUAGAUGGGGUCCGAUUCCGUUGAAAGACGUGGGGACGAACGAUGGCUUGAGAAUGGGGCUUCUGUUCGAUAUCAUAGAGUGCUGGAAUGGGCAUUGCACCUGCAGAUCCGUUACACUGUCAUGGAUGGGCAAAUUAGAUUUGGAAGCAGUUCCAGCGACCGAAUCAGAGUAAGUGUUCACUAAGGUCCAGCUUUGACAGGAUUCUGCUCAUCUAGAGUAGGAGAAGGACUUUCGCCAUAACGAACCAAAUGCGUGUUCUUAACUUCGCUGACGCAUCGAUUCGCCUUUGCCUUCAAAGACUGUGUACACGUGCACCAGCUGUGGCAAUAGACCAGGUGUAUAUUGAAUUUCAAAACAGUAGAGUGGAUAUU